CACUGCCAAAACACUCGCCAGCCCAGCAUUUUGAGGUGGCCGUUCAUAUCUCAAUCAUGUCGACUGUCUGGUUCUCUGUUUGAUCUUUCUGUUCCUCGUCGUCACGGCGUAAUCAACAAUUAAUUACUCCUCUGUUUACCUCUUCAACCGCUCACUCCUUUCUGAGCGCAGAGCUCCUGCCGCUCGACAGAAGCCAGCAACCCUUGCUCGUCCCACGACCGACCUGCGCCGUGCCAUUCCGUGAUACCAAUGCGCCAUUGUUUGCUCGUCGAAACAUUAUCCCAUGAUCCAGCAACUGCUUCAUGCCCUCUUUCUCCGUCCUAACCUUUGGCAUCUUCGUAGCUGGCUACAUCACAGCUAGGUGGGAUCUGGUCACUCGACUUCAUGAGCUUGCCAUUUUUGCCUGGGACCACGGAGUUAUUACUCGAACUGCAAAGGGCGUUGCGAUCCUCUCGUUGUUUUUCUUCCUCUUCAUAAUACCAGUGGGUAGACUCGCACACAGGGAGGCCAGCUUGCAUCCGCGAUCGACUAAUACCGGCAUCUCGGCGCGCGAACAACUUCGAAGACGGGGCUCCUUCUGAGGAACGAUCGACUGUCAUGCUAGAGCAUGAUGGCUUGAUGAGAAUCUUCUGGCCUGUGGAUAUUCCUAGGUCAGAUUCACCAGGCGUAAUUGUGGGAUGGAAGAAUUCAGACCUCGAUGUCCUGGUUGUGGCCAUACUCGAAGAUGUCGAGGUUCGGAAUGUGGAGAAUGCGCUGAGAGUCGCAACUCUCUUUCGCGGCGCAGACCAUAGCAUCGAACGGAUAUACGAAUUAUGUAGACUUCCUGCGAUGCAUGUGCUCGGCACAGUCAACUCCAAUGCGCCGACGGAACCCUACCAGAUAAAUGCUGAAAUAUCACUACACGGAUUGGCGCCGCGCAUUUCGUGCGCGAAGGCACAAACCAUACAAGUCAUUAUGUUCGACAGACCACUUCCGGGGAGGAUGCAAUACAUAUCACUUACGCCAAUACUAUUAGCCUUGGGAGAUAAGACGGAGCAGAUUCUGGGCGGCAUAGAUGCUGAGGAUGAGAAGGCAGAAGCAGCGAAACGACAACGAGAGCAAGAGUUGGUGGAAAAGUUGAAGCUACAUACGGUGACGAAACAUCAACCUUCGGCGAAAGAGCUUGCUCUACCUCGAAUUGUCAACCAGAUAAAUUUCGCUUGGGAAUUGGAGAAGCUGCUACAAAAAAAUAUAUCCCUCGUUGGCACUCGGCGACGGAGAACUUUGAGUGUCUCUGAACGUGUCAUCGAGUCAGCUUCAACGAUGAGAGAUUAUGUUAUCGACGCCGUAUGGCGACUGAUAACGGUUUACAUCUAUCCAAUCAUCCGAACUAGUUUUGUGAUAGCUCUGCUGUGGCACAGGGCAGCCGCAGAACUUCUUCUGGUGCUCCUUGAAUACAGGCUCAGGCCCGAGUAUGCUGCGCUUAAAGACAUAUCUGCGACUGCCCAGCAGGUUGAGAUCCGACUUCUACAGUUUUGCUACUGGCCCAUGCAAUAUGUAAUGUUGAGGAAAAGAAAGGAUGACUGGCAGAGUAUCGCGAAAAGCCACGCCGAUUACAUACGGUUCUACAACAGUCUGUGGCUUGUUGCAAACGAUGUCAUUAUUGGCAUCGCGAUUGGUUCUGCCAUCAUUGAUAAUGCAGACUGGCUCGCCGAACAGAUUAGUGAUGUGUUGGGCACAUACACUGUGACAUCGUUGCAGCAGACAAUAUCGUGGCUCAUGGACUGGCCAGCUGGACUGAAAUUGAACAAUGAAUUGGCUCAAUUUCUUGGCGACCUUUUCCUCUGGGUCAUUGAUUACUGGUCAAGCUGUGUGGACGUUCUCCGGCCCAUCCUGCCCCAUCUAAUAUGGUUCAUCGGAUUCUCAAGCUUUGCUGGCGCCAGUAUGCCAAUUGCUCUCUUUUCCGACUUUGUAUCGCUCCUUACGAUACACAUCUACUCCUUUUAUAUCGCAUCAGCCAAGAUCUUCCACUGGCAACUCACUAUCAUCCUCUCGCUCUUUCACCUCUUCCGUGGCAAGAAACACAAUGUGCUUCGCAAGCGCAUUGAUUCCUGCGACUACGACCUCGAUCAAUUACUCCUGGGCACGAUUCUAUUCACACUCCUCUUCUUCCUCCUCCCAACUGUCAUUGUAUUCUAUCUCACGUUUGCCAUUGCACGCAUGAGCAUUAUCAGUCUCAAAGCCGUACUUGAUACGGCGCUAGCCUGUUUAAAUCAUUUCCCACUGUUCGCCCUGAUGCUGCGGUUCAAGGAUUCCCAGCGUCUACCAGGGGGCAUACGAUUUGAACUCCGAGAUACCAAUAAACCCUCCAUCGAAGCCCCACAACGCCCAUAUUCCGACACCACUCCGCGCCCCGAGCCCGAGUCUUCCGAUUCAGAACUGCCUUCAAUGCCACCAACUUCAUACGUAUACCUAAAGUCCGUACCCCUAACCUUCUUGACCAUGUUCCAGCAGUACUUCCAGCUCGGCUCCCGCAUCCGCAAACACUACCUAUCCCCCCGUGUCCUGCUCUGUCUCAUGACCGGUCAAUCCGUGCCGCCGAUCCACAGGAAGAACCUGUACAGCCUGCAGUAUGGCAUGUUGCCCGCGCGGCGGGCUGGUGUCUGCGAUAUGUGGCGAGCUAUGACGGUGUGGUCGUCAACGGCGGAGGGGAUGAAUGGGAAGGCGCAGAAGAGAGGGAGCUGGCCGAUGAUGGGGGGUGCGGGGGUGGGUAGGAGAGAUAGGUCGAGGAGGGGAUAUAGCCACCACUAAAUGGGGA